AUGGCUUCAUCAAGGCCUAAAAGGCAUUACACAGUUUUAGAAGUUGUGCAGGAAUUGUUCAAAUCGAGUGAUGAAGAAGAUGCUCAGUCCAGCGAUGAUGAGCCAGAUAUUCUUUUACCAGAUGGGAAGAUGUCUGAUUGUGCUCCAGUUUGGAAUGAUCAUGAAGAUUUGGGUGAGGGUUUGCGUGGACCAAUAUCUGCUCAAGCUUCAUGUUCCUCAGCAUCAACAAGUGCUCUUCUUAGCAGUUUUGGAAGCGAAGAAAGGGAUAGAAGGACAGAACAAACCACAAAGAGAAGACAAAGCAGCAGAAGAAGAGAAAACAGAGGGAUAGGAGAAAUCAUAGGGAGAGGAAGAGGGAGAGAAAGAGUAAGAGGCAGAUGGAGAGAAAGAGGCAGAGGAAGACAGACUCGGCCUGUUACUUUGUCUAACCCUGCUGAACCAAGAUGGCACACCUCAGAGGAAGCUGAUAUUCCACCACCCGAAACGGUUUUUAGACCAGCUCGAACUCCUGGUCCUCAACUUAUCACCACAGCACAAUACAGUCCUCUGCAACUGUUCCAACUCUUCUUUUCCUCUGAGGUGUGCCAAACUAUCAUCACCAACUCAAAUGCUUAUGCCGCUGAGAAACAGACAUCUACACGUAAACCCUGGCAAGACAUGUCUCUGAAGGACCUCUACUCAUAUAUAUCCCUUGUGAUAUAUAUGGGUCUAGUAAAGGUUCCAGCAGUGUCUGAUUAUUGGAAUGGCUCCAGGCUGUACAACAUUGGUUUUCCUGCCACCGUAAUGUCGAGCAGGAAGUUUCAUGCCAUAGCCUCAGCACUUCACCUCAGUGAUCCCAAGAUGGAUGCAGAGAAUGCGAAGAACAGAGGGAACCCUGCUUACGAUCGUCUUGGGAAACUGAAACCAGUGUACCAGAAGAUUCAAGCUGCCUGCAAGACCUUCCACCAUCCAUUUCAAAACAUUGCCAUAGAUGAAAGGAUGGUGGCAUCUAGGGCAAGAAUAGGGCUAAAGCAAUAUAUGAAACAAAAACCAACAAAGUGGGGCUACAAGGUCUUUGUUUUGGCAGACUCCAUCCAUGCCUACACAUGGAAUUUUUUCAUCUAUGAAGGCAAGUCCCCUGAAGUGGGUGAAGAAAGCAGGGGACUGAGCUAUGAAACGGUGAUGGCCCUAAUUGAUGAGAGGAUGUUGGGAACUGGCUACAAACUCUAUGUAGACAAUUUCUACACCAGUCCAUCGCUGUUCCGUGAUCUCCGUCAGAAGGGCAUUUGGGCCUGUGGGACUAUUCGGAGCAACCGGGUGGGCUUCCCACGGUCAAUUAUCAACAGGCUGCCCAAAAAUGCCCCCCGUGGGAGUAUGCGCUGGAUUCGGGACGAUGAUCUGCUAUUUGUAGAGUGGAAGGACACAAGAGAAGUUGUCAUGUGUUCGUCCUUUCAUUCUGCAAAUGGAGAUCGCACUGUCCAAAGAAAAGUCAAAACAAGAGACCAAGGAUGGGUGCAGAUGUCAGUUCCAAUUCCUUCUGUAGUCUCUGACUACAACAAGAACAUGGGAGGAGUGGACCUCUCUGAUGCCCUCAUCAGUUAUUAUACUGUUCUCCGCAAGACCAGAAAAUGGUACAGGUCUCUGUUUUACCACUUCAUCGAUAUUGGAGUGGUAAAUGCAUUCAUCCUCCACCAACAAAUGGCUGCUUUACGGAACCAGAGGCCAAAAACACAGAAGGAAUUCAGGGAAGCACUGGUCCUGGAACUUGUGGACUGGAUUCCUCACAACCAAACCAGUUCUGCUCCUUCUGCACCAGCUCCUCAAAGUAGGCAAGACACCACAGGCCACCACAGGCCGAAGCAUAUUGAUGGAUCCAGGAGAAGAUGCAAAGUGUGCCAUCAAAAGACUUCUGUGUUCUGCAAUGACUGUGGUUCCUUCUUUUGUUUCUUUCCAAUGCGAGAUUGCUUCAAUCCUUAUCAUGAUGAUUUAUAGUUGUGUAGCAGUAAUUGUAAGAAGUUGUAAAUAGUUUAUAAAUAGUUCAAAAUAUGUAAAUAGUUUUAGUUUCUAAUAUAUGUGCCAGUUUUGUGAUAUUUUUGUUUCAUUCUCCUAUUGUGUUCAAUUGUAAUAUGUUCUUUUUAUUAUAUACAUUUGUGUUUUAUUUAUUGUGUUUGUGUGUGAUGGAAGUAUAUAAAGAGUGAAAAAACAUCUCAAUAUGUGUUUUUGGUGUGAAAUGUCAGAUCAAGAAACUAAGUGACCUAGGAAAUCCAAAUAAGCAAAACUGUCCCCUAGUGGAAUUUUGAUGUACUGCAGCUAAAAGUCUUGCAGA